UAGGUCAGUGUCAGCGUGUGAGAAAGCAAAUAAAUGCACAGAACAUAUAAAUAAAUCUUAUAUCUACACGCAGACGUCUGCCAUUUAACUCUGUCACAUAAGCAGUGGGAGAGAGAAUAUUUUUCUCCGUUAUUAACAUCCUUGUUGUCUGACUUUAAGCAUCCACACUGCGGUCUGUGCUCAGUGUCAGCUUUCCAGCCAGACUCUCCUCACAACCUCGUCUUCCUGCAAGACAUCGCAGCUAACAUCAUGAUGCGCUCAGUCCUCAGUGUCUGUGUGAUGUUUACUCUUCUACUACAAGGUUUGAAUGCACAGCUGAAAGUCCGGCUUGUGAAUGGAGCUGCCCCGUGGAAUGGUGGCCUUGAGAUGUUGUACAGAGGAAAAUGGCUCCCAGUGUGUGACUAUAGCUUUAGGAAACAAGAGGCACAGGUGGUCUGCAGGGAGCUGGGCUUCAACACGUCGCAAGUUUAUAUCACGUCGCUAUUUAUAAACAGUGAGAGAUACAACUAUAUCAGGUUUGACAACCUGAGGUGUACAGGAGAGGAGACCAGCUUAGAAAAGUGUAGACAUACAGGGUUUAGCAGUGACCCCUGGUGCCGCUCUGUCAUUGGUAUCACCUGCAACUUAGAAAACUUACAGGUGCGAUUGAACGUCAUCUCACCUAAUAGACAUCAGGUAGAGAUAAACAUCGGAGUUGGUGAUUGGUGGACACUGUGUGUGGAGUCUGACAACACUGCCAGGGUCGUCUGUAGACAGCUCGGCUUACCAUGGCUUGGUGCCAGGACGUUUGUAUAUGAACACAUUCAGAUCCGUGGUGAUUUGUUAUCUUGCCUUGGGAAUGAGACUAGCAUCGCUGAGUGUCAGCAUGAGGUGUCUAGUGACGGACACUGCCAUGACUACAACAUCACUUGCAAAAACUAUAUUGUCAACAUCCUUAUAAACAGUAGCAGAUAUCCUUUAAUGGAGGAAACAAAUGCUACUUUAAAGUGUGCGAGCAAUGAGCAGUCUGAUGUAAUAAAGUACACGUGGCCAGAAAAUGCAGGCGGUUUGGGCCUCAUCGUCCUUGGCGAUCUGAGAUGCACAGGUGAGGAGUUCAGGUUAGAUGAUUGUGACUAUGAAGGAUUUUGA